AUACGUAUUCUGUAUUCGUAACAUGAACUACAGAUUUCUAUUUAUUUUUCUCUAGAUUUGUUUUUUAAAUUUUUUUAUUAGUGCUGUACGUUUUAGUAAAAAAUUUGUAAAAAUGGCCGAUCCAUUGACGUUUUUGCGAACUUAUAAUAUUAAUAAAAAAGAAAUAAUAAUCAAGGACAAUCAUAUAUUGUUUGGUGAUUUGUCCUGGCCUAAAACUGUUAAUACAAAUUUCUUAAUGUAUGGUUCUGGCAAAGAUGGUGCACCUAAAGAGUACUACACAUUAGAAUGUUUAUUAUUCCUUCUAAAAAAUGUUACACUUACACAUCCUGUGUAUGUGCGGCAAGCAGCGGCCGAAAAUAUACCUGUAGUAAGAAGACCCGAUCGAAGAGAAUUAUUAGCAUACUUAAAUGGUGAAUUAUCUACAUCUGCCAGUAUUGAUCGCAGUGCACCUUUAGAAAUUCCUACUCAAGUUAAACGAAGUGCUGUUGAAGAUGUUCAAGAAUCAAUUGCAAAGAAACCCCGUAUGGAAGAUACUUUGCAAGUUCAAAGAGUUAAACAACAAUUAGCUGCACGUUUAGAUGCGCCUAAAGAAUCGGCUGUUAAUGUUGACAAUAUCAAAUCUCUUUCAGAAGCAAUGUCAGUAGAAAAAAUUGCUGCUAUUAAAGCUAAACGUUUGGCAAAAAAACGUACUACUAUUAAAGGUCAUGAUGAUAUAGGUUUAGGACCAGAUUUACGAGUUAUGUUAGAUUUUGACGUAGAUAUCACUAAGGAUAUUAUAAAAAGAGAAAGACAAUGGAGGACACGAACUACUAUUUUACAAAGCAACGGAAAAGUAUUUGGUAAGAACAUUUUUGCCAUUCUGCAAUCAAUCAAAAAUAGAGAAGAUGGUAGAUCACGACCUACACAUAGUAUGUCAGCAACACCACGUGCAGCACCACCAAAACCAACAAUUCCACAACCUACUGUAUAUAAUCGAUAUGAUCAAGAACGUUUUAUCAAAUCAAGAGAAGACACUGAGGGUUUCAAAAUUGAUACAAUGGGUACAUAUCAUGGAAUGACUUUGAAAUCAGUAACUGAAGGUACAGUUCCAAAAAAACCUGUUGCUACAGUCACACCUGUUCAACAAUCAUCACGAAUAACUGGAUCACAGGCUAAAUUAAAUGUUUCACAACAAGCAAAACAAAGAGUAUCUCGAACCCCAAUAAUUAUUAUUCCUGCAGGACAAUCUUCAUUGAUUUCAAUGCAUAAUGCUCGAGAGAUUUUACAAGACUUAAAAUUUGUGUCAACUGAAGAAAAAAAACAAAAUGGUUUCAAACGCGAUAAUGAAUUAUUGCUACAACGCCGAAAAGAUGGAGGUAUGACUGUCCCUUACCGAGUUGUAGAUAACCCACAAAGACUGACACAAGGAGAAUGGGAUCGAGUUGUAGCUGUAUUUGUUAUGGGUCCAGCUUGGCAGUUCAAAGGUUGGCCAUGGGAUGGAAAUCCUGUAGAAAUUUUCUCUAAAAUUUGUGCAUUUCACUUGAAAUUUGAUGAAAUGAAAUUGGAUAAUAAUGUAGCUAAAUGGGCUGUAAAUGUAUUAGAAAUAUCAAAAACAAGACGCCAUUUAGAUAGAGCAACACUUAUGGUGUUUUGGGAAAAGCUUGAUAAGCACAUAAUGAAAUGUAAACCUAAUUUAAGGUUUUAAAAUAGAUGGUUAUUUUUAUAUAAAAUGGUUUAUAUCAAUAGUUUCAGUGUUUUCUUUGUCUAAGUACAGAUAACUUUGUAACUUUUGUAUAAUUCUUAAGAAAUACACCUUUCCUAUAUGUCAAUUAAAUUGAAACCCUGUUAUUUCAAUACAAUUAUAUUUGUAUCAAGUUGUUUUUUAAAUGAAAACUCAUAUUUAAAGUACCAGUUACAAAAAUGUUUACUAAAAUUGUAAAUAUUGGGUACUAAUUAAAACCUAAUUACCACAAAAAGAAAUGAUUUAUUGAAGUACCUAGUCUUAUAAUCAUUUAAUUUA